UCAUGUGAUACUUAUCUUUCUCUGACAGGCUUACUAUUUUCAGUUUCAUUAGGGAAAGCAGACUAAGGACUCCGAGGUUAAUGCCAGAUUAAUUUGUAUUAUAAAGACUCCAUUGUAUUGAAAUAGGGAGGAAAUGUACAGAAUGAGAGUGGUCAUAUAUCAUAGAGACAACGUUUGUGAUUUAUGAUGCCACCCAUUAUUUUCAUAAGCUAUGAUUCCUCUCAAAGCUUUAGUGCAGGGUGACUUUGUCUUCCUGCAAGAAGAUAAAAACAUUGUUCCCCAUGACUCAUGAAUAACUAGCAGAGACUGCUUAAUUAUGAAGAUAGCUUUUACCCUCAUUUCCUGGCUUUUGAUAAAUAUUUAAAAUUAGUGUAAGCCCCAGUUUGAGAUAUAGAAGGACUCUGAACAAUGACCCUCCAAGAAUCCGAAUUUGCCCCGAUGACGCAGGCUGACCACAGUUUUAAGACUUUUCUCCUCCCCUAGUGCUAACGGGUCCAGGUGUAACUUCCUACGGCUCUCUGGGCAGGUCUUCUCUGUGCAUUCAACAGGCUGCCAGUCCUGCAGGCGCUAGCUCUGGCUGCACAGUGUUAUUAUCGGGGGAGGUGGGGGGGGGGUUCUAAAAAAUAGCUCUCAGACGCCACCCCAGACCAGUUUAAUUUGAAUCCUGAGUAUGUGUUUUCUAAAUAUUCUAAGUCUUUGAAAUGACCUGAAUUUGAUGUGCGGCCAGCACUGAAAACCGCUGGUCUAAAGUGGUUCUCUCCCCAGGUGGAGCCCCCUGUCCCAGGCCCAGCCCCGGGAGGAGAAGGACCCAGACCCGAUGGAAGGGCUGGGUCCACAAGAUCCUGAGCUGAGACGCGAGAAAGAGAACACAGGCUCCAGGGUAUCUCUUUAUGGCAAGUGAAGAAAGGGGCUGAUUUUCGUUUUUUGAGCUCAAGGCAACACAAGGCUGAAUGGUUUUCUGCAGGUCACCCUCCAAACAGGAGGAAAGGACGGGACUGAUGAUCGUAUAAACAGUGGGAACCAGGACAAUGUACCAGAUCAGGGCUGGCCAGAGGGAGAGGAAGAGAGAGAGAGAAAUGUCAAUGAGACAGUAACAUGGAUCGGCUAUCUCCUACACGCCCCCUACUGGGAAUGGAGCCCACAAGGGCCGACCACGCUGGACGGAGGAUGGACGUGGCCUCGUGUUUAGGACGACCAACCCGGAUGGCGGCCAGCGAAGGGAUGAGGAUGACUUCACAUUUCCGGUCGUUCUUGUCCACAUUUAUUCUGCUGUAUUUAAUGAAUCAAGUAAAUAGCCAGAAAAAGGGCAGCCCCCGUGACGUGAAGUGUGUAACCAGCGAUUUGCAGGCGUGGGACUGCUCUUGGAGAGCGCCCUCGGGAGCGGGCCGCGGUGCUCUUUACGAUGUUUGCAUCCAAAACGGGUCCCAUUCUUCUUGUUAUCAAUUGGGGAAAACAAGUACUAAAAUCCCACCUCUUAAUCCUGGGCAAUAUGAAAUAACGAUAAGCCCUCUACGUGACUUUGGAAAUUCUAUAAGCAAAUUCAUACUAAAUGAAAAAAAUGUGUCCCUCAUUCCAGACCCUCCGGAGAUCCUGCGUCUGUCUGCCAAUUUCUCAACUUCUACGUUACACCUGGAGUGGAGUGACAAGGGCUCUGCUUUUCCCCGUCACACAAAUGUCAUUUGGGAAAUUAAAGUCCUACGGAAAGAGAAUCUGGAACUCGUAAAAUUAGUAAGUCUGAACCUAGGGUCUACUGAUAAUCAGAAUAAGGUUUUUCCUCAAGACAAAGUGGUACCUGUGGGCUCAGACAUAACGUUCUGUUUUGUGACUCAAGAAGAAGUGUCAUCAGCACAGAUCAGCUACGCCAAGUAUCCCCUUAUUCAUCUCGAUGGGGAAAAUGUGGCGAUCAAGGUCCAUAACAUUUCUGCUUCUAUAAGUAGUGGAACAAAUGUGGUUUUCAUGACAAGCAAAGACAUGUAUGGAACAGUGGUUUUUGCAGGAUAUCCACCUGAUAUUCCUCAAAAGCUGAACUGUGAGACUUAUGACUUAAAAGAGAUUAUCUGUACGUGGGACCCAGGAAGGCCGACGGCUUUGGUGGGCCCACGCAGUACAAGUUACACUCUGUUUGAAAGUUUUUCUGGAGAAUCUGUUAAAUUUAAAAGAGUUGAAGCUCCCAUUAAUGAAAGCUAUCAGUUAUUCUUUCAAGUGCUUCCAAACCAAGAAAUAUAUGAUUUUACUUUGAAUGCUCGCAAUCCUCUCGGUCAAUCAGAAUCAACAAUUUUCAUCAAUGUGACUGAAAAAGUUUACCCUCGUACUCCUACCUCAGUCAGAGUGAAGGAUAUUAAUUCAACAGCUGUCACACUUUCCUGGCAUUUACCAGGCAACUUUGCAAAGAUUAAACUGUUAUGUCAAGUUGAAAUUAACAAAGCUAAUUCAGUACGGGAAUUGCGGACUGUCACAAUCAAAGGAGUAGACAAUUCAAAUUACCUCAUUGCUGUGGACAAGUUAAGUCCGUACACUGUGUAUGCUUUCCGGAUUCGUUGUUCUAGUGAAACUUUCUGGAAAUGGAGCAAGUGGAGCAAUGAAAAACAAUAUUUAACCACAGAAGCCAUUCCUUCCAAGGGACCGGACACUUGGAGAGAGUGGCGCUCUGACGGGAAGAAUUUAAUAAUAUAUUGGAAGCCUUUACCCAUUAAUGAAGCUAAUGGGAAAAUACUCUUCUAUAACGUAUCCUAUUCGUCGGAGGAGAAAACACAGUCCCUCUCGGAGAUCCCUGACCCUCAACACAAGGCAGAAAUACAACUGGACAGACACGACUACAUCAUCAGUGUGGUGGCAAAAAACUCCGUGGGCUCAUCGCCGCCUUCCAGAAUAGCCAGCAUGGAAAUUCCGAACGAUGAUCUCAAAGUAGAGCAGACAGUGGGAAUGGGGAACGGGAUCCUCCUCACGUGGAACUACGACCCCAACAUGACCUGCGACUACGUCAUUAAGUGGUGCAACACGUCGCAGCCGCAGCCCUGCCUCAUGGACUGGAAGAAGGUCCCCGCCGACAGCACCCAGGCCGUCAUCGAGUCGGAUCAGUUUCGCCCAGGCGUGCGGUACCACUUCUUCCUGUACGGGUGCAGAAGCCACGGCUACCAGUUGCUGCGCUCUGUGAUUGGAUAUGUAGAAGAAUUGGCUCCAACCGUUGCACCAAAUUUCACCGUGGAGGACACGUCUGCAGAUUCGAUCCUCGUGAAGUGGGAAGAUAUACCCGUGGAGGAGCUCAGAGGCUUCCUAAGAGGAUAUGUGUUUUACUUUGAAAAAGGAGAGAGAGACACCUCGAAGAUGAGAGGCUUGGAGUCGGGCCGUUCCGACGUGAAAGUUAAGAACAUCACCGACAUCUCCCAGAAGACCCUGCGGAUCGCUGACCUUCAAGGCAAAACCAGCUACCACCUGGUCCUGCGCGCCUACACGGACGGCGGCCUGGGCCCCGAGAAGGGCAUGUUCGUGGUGACCAAGGAGAACUCCGUGGGGCUAAUCAUCGCCAUCCUCAUCCCCGUGGCCGUGGCGGUCAUUGUCGGGGUGGUGACCAGUGUCCUUUGUUACCGGAAGCGAGAAUGGAUAAAAGAGACCUUCUACCCUGAUAUUCCUAAUCCUGAAAACUGUAAAGCGUUACAGUUUCAGAAGGCUGUCUGUGAGGGAAGCAGCGCCCUGAAAACGUUAGAAAUGAAUCCCUGUACCCCGAAUAACAUCGAGGUUCUGGAAACUCGAACGGCAGUUCCUAAAAUAGAGGAUACAGAGAUCAUUUCUCCCGUGGCCGAGCGUCCCCCGGACAGCUCCGAGGCGGAGCCCGAAAGCCACCUGGCCGUGUCCUACUGUCCCCCCGUCAUCGAGGAAGAAAUACCGAACCCAGGCCCAGAGGAAGCCGGGGGCACUGCCCAAGUCGUGUACAUCGACGUGCAGUCCAUGUACCAGCCGCAGGCCAAGCCGGAGGCGGAGCAGGACGCGGACCCAGGGGUGGGGGGCGGCUACAAGCCCCAGAUGCACCUCCCCGUGACCUCCGCCGGGGAGGAGGCUGCCGUAGAAGGGGACUUGGAGAAAACGGCGGGUUACAGGCCUCAGGCCAAUGUGAACGCCUGGACCUUGGUGUCCCCGGACUCCCCCCGGUCCAUGGACAGCAACAGCGAUGUCGUGUCUUUCGGGAGCCCGUGCUCCAUCAAUUCCCGACAGUUCCUGAUCCCCCCGAAGGACGAGGACUCUCCACGAUCCAAUGGAGGAGGAUGGUCCUUCACAAACUUUUUCCAGAACAAACCAAACGAUUAACAUGUCACUGCCAUCCGCCAUCUCAUAAGCUCUCAUGGCCAGUGCGGCCACGUGGGCCCGGGCACCCCGGGGGGUCCUGUGAAGUGUUGUCAGCGAGGUGGGCCCUGCCACGUGUGUCACACGGCAGUGUCCUCUGCUUUCCGUGUAGUCUACACGCCACGGCAGAGUCACGCAGAGACGCAGCCCAAGGUCUGGAGCUGUUUGUGAUUUGAGCCAAAGAAUUCUCCCUUUCUCUCCCUCCCAGAAGUAUUUCAAGCCGAACGCUGCCCGGUCCAUACGUGCAAAACAAAUCCCGCGGCCACCGUCCCCUGUUCUGUCAUCUAUGGUUUUCUCAUAUGGACACUGGACGGAACUGCAAGCAGGUUUGCAGGCAAAGGGACUGUCAGAGCCACAGAGGCCGUGGGUUUGCCUGACAUUUACUCCAUCCUGGAUGAAAACCAAGCACAGAUCUGAAAACCUUUAACACUUCUCCUCCGCUCUCCACAGCACUUACAGAAGUUAAUGUCAUUGUUUAAUGUAGCGACAGCUGGUUAGUGUUUUGAUCGAUCAGUGUGCUGAUCGCGGUGCCUACUGUAUAAUGGGUAUCAAUCACACAGUUUUCUCAGGGGUACAAACUUGGAACAGGAGCACGACACUGAGCAGCCUGAGUCAGAAUCGUCUUUCCUGCCUCUGGAGGGAUUCUCCAACCUCUCCGUUAGUUUUUUAACUUUUCUGCUAGCUUUCCAUAUCACACUUGAUUGCCUAGUAUUUAAAACUUAAAUUCCUAAGAUGAUCUAAGUUGUUGUUGUUGUUUUAAUUUGGGUUAUUUUUUGUUCCACAGUGUCAGUUGCAUAAAUCUAUGAGCAAAUUCAAUAUUACCCAUAAACAUACAAUAGCGGUGAUUUUCUGUUUGAGACGACUACUGUGCAGGGUCUAGCGGCGUUAGCUCUCUGUGCGGUUGUGACGGCUUCAGGUUCUCCUGGGUCACCAGGCAGCAGCUGUGACACCUUGUAGCCGAUGUUCCUUCUGAUCACGCCUCUUAGCCGUUCCUCUCUCUUAUGUGAUCAUCAGUCCAGACUGUUUGAUCCAGGCCUCCAUUUUUAAAAAGAUAAACUAAAAAGAUCAUGCUUCGUACAGGGACAGUUACUCAAGGGCUCUCUUAGGUGAAAUGUCACAAGACCCAUGUGAGUCGAUGGCCACGCCUGUGUUACAGCCGCGUGGCACGCUCCCCAGGGCAGCCUCUGCCCGUGGUGUUCACAGGUGAUGUCUGGAUUGGAUUUGGUUCUCAGAAAAGCAGAUGAAAAACUACAAAGAGUGUCUUAUUUUGUUCCUGCCCUCGGGUGGUCUAUGUAUUUUGUCUUUUGAUACUUAAGAGUACUUAAAAUUUUGAAAUAUCUUAAGUCAAGAUAUGCCUGUUUUGUUUUUUUUCUCACCAGAGGUUCUGUAAUGGAUUUGUACAUAAUGCAUCAGUUUGGGGGUUUUCUAGCUCAUAAUGUAUCUUUAUAAAAACCAUGUUGUGGAAAAAAGCCACAGGGUGACAAAGGGCAA